AUGAAUUUUAUCAAGGAGCUGAAGCUAGAAGAUGGGCGAGUUUUGUCCAAUUCUGAGGAGAUAGGGGAAGUUUUUGCAAAUCACUUUCAUGAAUUUUUCAAGAGGGGAUCAACACAGAGAAAUGAUGAGUUAUUGGCAGUUCUACCUAGACUGGUCUCUGAUCGCGACAAUGAAAUGCUAGUUCAUGUCCCCUCAGCAGAGGAAAUUAAAGCGGCAGUGUUUGAUCUUGGUCCCUCUAGUGCACCCGGACCAGACGGCUUCCCUGGAGCAUUUUACAUGUAUUGUUGGGAGAUCGUCAGACCUGAUGUUUGCUGUGGAGUACAGAAUUAUUUUAGGGAAGGAGUGGUCACUAAAGAACUAAAGGGAGUAAAAUCUCUCAAGAAAUUCCUUGAAGACUAUGGCCAGGCAUCAGGGCAGAACAUUAACUUGUCAAAAAGCAAGGUAUUUAUGGGCAGAAUUUCAGCAGCUCGCAAGGAAAGAUUAUUAUCAGUGCUACAGAUUCUCGCAUGCUAUUUUUCGACAAAGUACGUGGGGGUGGAAUUGCUCAAGGGCCGAGUCACUAAAGCAAAUGUUUUACCCCUUCUAGAUCAUUUCAAGAAAAAAUUAUCUUCAUGGAAGGGGCGCCUCCUCUCUCAAGCAGGGUGGGUGGAGCUGGUGAGAUCGGUGAUUGGCAGUAUCCCCAUCUAUAACUUCUCAGUCUAUUAUUGGCCAGCAACAACUAUUGUGAGCAUGGAAAGAUGGAUGAGCAAUUUUAUUUGGACAGGUGAGUCAGAGAAAACCAGAGCCAUCACAGUCAAGUGGGACACCAUGUGUAAGCCAAAGAAUGAAGGCGGUUUGGGCAUUAGACGCCUUAGGGAGGUCAACUUCGCCCUCCUAGCAAAAUUUGCCUGGGCCAUCAGAAGUGGAUCAUCUAACCUAGCUAUUUUUAUUCGUUGUAGAUUGGUUAACAAGGAUGGGACUCUAAAAUCACAUGUUAACCCUUCUACCAUCCUCACAGGCUUGAAAAAGUUUUGGAGCUUUGUCCAGAAUGAAGAACGAUGGGUGGUUGGCAGUGGAGAAUCCAUCCGGUUCUGGUAUGAUAGAUGGAUAGGCAACCAAAGCAUUGAAGAACUACUCCAGCCAGGCAGAAUCCCAAUUAAUCUUUCAGCUAAGAUUUCUGAUUUUUUAGAAGAUAAUAAAUGGGAACUUCCACAGGUGGAAAGCAGGGCUCUUCAAAGUGUUUUUAAUAAAAUUUAG